AUCAGCAGUCAAAGCGCCUGCGCGCGCAGUGUUGCUGGAGCAGAGAAACGGGAGAUGUUCUACUGUACGCAGAGGUUCUAACACCUUCUCACACUCUUUUCUCUGUGAUCUUUAGAGAAUGAGCUUCCUGGUGAACAUCUGGUAGAUUAAGAGGUGAUGAUGGAAACUCCAGCAGGUUUCUGUGGUGGUGGUUGAAGGUGUUCCAGAAGAAAACAAUGACUUCCUGAUGCUACUUUCCUACACAGUUAACAAUUACUUCUACAAACCCAUCAGAUUUCGUCAAGAGGAAUACUUCAGACUUCUGAGGUAAAGUGUGAUUAAUUAAGAGAAAAUGGAACUUACAAGAAGCUCCAGUGUUCAGAAAACAUCUGCUCAAAACCAAGACAGAACUCAUCACUGCUCAGAGUGUGGGAAAAGUUUUAUUCAACUGUAUCAUCUCCAAAGACACCAGCGUAUCCACACGGGAGAGAAACCGUAUCACUGCUCAGAGUGUGGGAAGAAUUUUAUUCAGAAGAGUCAUCUCCAUAGACACCAGCUCAUUCACACAGGAGAGAAGCCGUAUCUUUGCCCGAAGUGUGGGAAGAGUUUUAAUCGGAAGACUCAUCUUCAAAGACACCAGCUCAUUCACAGAGGAGAGAAACCGUAUCACUGUUCAGAGUGUGGGAAGAGUUUUAGAGAAAAACCCACUCUCAGAAUCCACCAGCGCAUCCACACAGGAGAGAAACCUUAUCAGUGCCCAGAGUGUGGAAAAAGCUUUAGAGAGAGAAGUACUCUGCAAGUGCAUGAACGCAUUCACACAGGAGCGAAACCGUAUUGCUGUUCUGAGUGUGGAAAGAGUUUUGGUGUACAGAGUAAUCUCCACACACACCAGCGCAUUCACACUGGAGAGAAACCGUAUUACUGCUCAGAGUGUGAGAAGAGCUUCAGGCAUUUGAACUCUCUGAAGAUGCACGAGUGCACUGUGAGCAAGGCUGAAACGUAUGAUGGCAUCAGUGGAAUACUUUGGACUCCAGAAGUAAGACCAGAGAUCAGUUGUGAGAACAUGACAUCCAGAAGAAGCUCCAGAACUCAGAAAACGUCCUCUGAUACUCUACGCACUGAUGCAUCUCACAUACAAGUGGGAGAAAAUGCAGACAAAGAGAAAAAUCGCUAUUGUCUGGACUGUGGGAAAAGUUUUACUCAACAGGGUCAUCUCACAAGACAUCAGCGCAUUCACACUGGAGAGAAACCGUAUCAGUGCUCAGAGUGUGGAAAGAGUUUUUCUCAACAGAUUCACCUCCAGCUACACCAACAUGUUCACACAGGAGAGAAGCCAUAUCUCUGUUUAGAGUGUGGGAAGAGAUUUGCUCAACAUGGUCAUCUCCAUCUACAUCAGCGCAUUCACACAGGAGAGAAACCGUAUCAGUGCUCAGAGUGUGGAAAGAGUUUUAAUCGACAGACUCAUCUCCGAACACACCAGCACAUUCACACAGGACUGAAACCUUAUUACUGUUCAGAAUGUGGCAAGACUUUUAACCAUCCAAAUAGUCUUGAUCUACACCAGCGCAUCCACACAGGAGAGAAACCGUAUCACUGUUCAGAGUGUGGGAAGAGUUUUUAUCAACAGAGCACUCUCAAAGCACACCAGCGCAUCCACACAGGAGAGAAACCGUAUCACUGUUCAGAGUGUGGGAAGAGUUUUUAUCAACAGAGCACUCUCAAAGCACACCAGCGCAUCCACACAGGAGAGAAACCGUAUCACUGUUCAGAGUGUGGGAAGAGUUUUCAUCAACAGAGCACUCUCAAAGCACACCAGCGCAUCCACACAGGAGAGAAACCGUAUCACUGUUCAGAGUGUGGGAAGAGUUUUCAUCAACAGAGCGGUCUCAAAGCACACCAGCGCAUACAUACUGGAGAGAAACCAUAUCAGUGCUCAGAGUGUGGAAAGAGUUUUACGACACAGAGUUCUUUCCAAAAACACCAGCUCCUUCACACAGGAGAGAUUCACACUGUUCAGAGUGUGAAUGAAGCUUCAGGCUUAAAGUGCACUAAGAGUAAGGCAAAAACCUAAGAUAUGUGAAUUUGUCAAAUCAUAAAACAUGAUUUUAGAUCUUUUUCUGGCCCAUUUUCCAUGUAGCAAAAAGCUGCCCUAUAACCUAAAUAUAAAGAGCCUGCAGCAAUUAUGAACUGAGAGUUAUUGUACACAGUGAUUUAAAAUAAUGUGCUUUGGUGAAUACCACUUUAAAUUACAAAUAUGCAUGCACUCUAGAACUUGGAGUUCACAAUUUGUGGCAAAUUUGACAAAUUAUAUGUAUGUAUGCGUAUCAUCUACAGAGCAUGUUAGACAAAAAUCAAGCCAUGAAAUCAAAUUGUGCUGAGGCACAGAUCUGGACAUAUGGACCAAAUCUUUCCCAAAGCAUUGAAUGUGUCCAGGGGCAACGUGGAAUCAAUUUUUGUUAAGUGGAAGAAGUUUGAAACCGAUAUUUUCUAGAAUUUGGACAUCUGAGUACCCAGUCAAGAGGGGCCAUUGGUCAGGUAGUUUACAACAGACUUGGGGGCAAGUUACUAAGUUGCAAGUAACAAGUCUUGACACUCAAGGAGUGAGAACUUUCUGAUCCUGUUCACGUAAGAAUGCAACCUUAAGCAACCUUGAUGCCAUUUCAACACUCGAUACCAAAAAUACUGGUGACAGUAAUAUAACAAUUUAGUGACAGCACGUUAAUAGUGUUAGUUUAUUGUUGUUGUUUUCUUUUUUUACCCUUCCAAAUAAAUUACAAAACCCAUGGUACACGAAUAACCAUGAUGGACAUAAUGGUACAUGUGAAAAGGGCAACUACACAUGAAAUGAAUUUUGACUUUAAUAAAAAAAGUAUUUAAAGAUGAUUUGUGGGUAAUUUCUGGGAACAUGGAAUAAACAUAAAAACUAGUUCAGCAAGCAAAAAAAAAAAAACCACUAGUUUGAAGUGAAUUUAGACGACAAAGAGCAGAGACCCAGACAACCUUGUUGAUCCAAGUUUAUAGCACAGACAGUAAAUCUAAUCUGGGUAAUCUAUGAAGCUACAGUUGGCUUCUUGUUUUUAAUUUUCUAUUACACCUUAAAUUUUAGGUGGAACAAAAAUUUAAAUAUGAAUGUCAAUUUCAGUUUUGUGGUGAAUGUUGUGCUUGAUAUAACUGCAGAAACAGCAGUUCAAGUCUUUGCAAAGUUUCCCAGUAAGACUGGAUGCCUUUGAGGCCAUUGAUGCUUUACAAAUUUCUAGCUUAUGGAUGCAAACUUGUAUUUUCACUUGUUUUCUGCAAUAAAAUAAGCCAAGAACAAA